AUGGCUGAGCUACGAGCUUUAGCAGAGUUGAUGAAGAUCCCUGCUCAUCAUUUUAGUGACGCAGAAUGUGCACUGAAUAACGUCAGAUUCAAUUUGAAGGAAGAUAAAGAUAUUACCGAAGUCAAACUUCGCGAGUUAUGCUCGAGAUCCAUUUCAAUAUAUGGAUUAUACGAGUUGUGGGAAGAAGGAGCGUCGUACGAAGAAGUUCACAAAAACUUUCGGGAAAACGAUGAUAGUCUGAGGGCUCCUUUUUACGAAAAAGAAUUCGCUUUCGAAAUCGAACUAAUUCACCGAAAAAAGAUGACCAUGCCAGAGAGAAUUCGCAAGUUUGAUUCUUUUGCAAACUGCUUGCCAAUGCGAGGCAAGAUCAACUUAAAAAAUCCCGAGUGCAAAAUAACGAUCAUCGAGAAUUAUGGGAUACCAAAGGAUAACUCGCCUCGUCGCGAAGACGACCUUGUCUACGUCUCAGUUGGUCGAUUUCUCUGCAAUGGACAACGAAACUUGAUCGAAAAAUAUGCUGUCAGGAAUCGUGUCGCCGUUGGAAAUACCUCCAUGGAUGCAGAGUUGUGCCUGUUCAUGACCAACUUGGCGCAAGUGAGCGCAGGGUCUCUUGUUUUUGACCCAUUCUGUGGGACGGGGAGUAUGCUCCUCACUUCCGCACAUUUCAAAUCGAUGGUCUUGGGGUCGGAUAUUUGCUGGAACGUAAUGAUGGCGAAAGGAAAAUCAGCGAGAAUGGGACAGGAAAACAGAAAACCGAACGAAACACUCCGUGGAGCUUUAGAAGGAUUUGGACUUGGAGGACAUUGUGUGGACUCAUUAGUUAUUGACAACAACAUCAACCCCUGGAGAGGCAUAGAUGGUGGUUGGUUUGACGCGAUUAUCACUGAUCCUCCUUAUGGGGUCCGAGAAAAGUCGGAAAAGGUUGGAACUUCGAAGAAAUUUGAUGACUGGAUUGACUUUGAUGGGACGCAUUUUCCGGAUAAAGUCGCUUAUAAUUUGAACGACGUGUUCGCAGACUUGAUGAAGUUCUCCAACAAGCACCUACGCGUUGGAGGACGACUAGUCUUUUGGUAUCCGGUCUCGAGAGAAGAGCUAAAAAAGCAUGGCAAGCUUCUUUACCCGCGGCACUCUUCUUUCGAACUGUUUUGCGAUUGCGAGCAAAUACUGAACAUGAGGACGUCGAGGAUAUUGCUAGUUUAUUCAAAAAUACAAUCACAUCAUUCCGAAGAUGUUGACGCGUCUGGCGACAUGGUUGUGUUGCGUCGUAGACAAUUGAACUUGAUUCGAGGAUGUGUCUUCCUCUUUGGGCUGUUUGGAAUGCUCGCCUUUCUUUACUACUUUACUGAAGAUACAAAAGAGAUCCAACGAAAGCUAGAAAAUGUGCUCAAAGAUAUCAACAUCGACACAGAAAAUGCAAUGGAAGCAAUCAAAGAACUUGAAGAUCAUCUUGAGGAUUUGGAAAUAAGACCGAUGCCUGAAGCGCAAUUCGUCGUUUACAAUCGAGUUCCAAAGUGCGCAUCGAUGUCAAUGACUACCCUGAGUUAUAAACUGGGAGGAAAGAACAAUUUUAAAGUGGAGUCACCUUACGAGCCAGGCGAGAAGCCCGAAAAGACCAUCACGGAGCAGCGAGAAUUCGUCGAUUUCCUUCAAAACCAAGAACCUCCAUAUAUGUACAUUAGACAUCAGUACUACAUUGACUUCAGUGAACUCAACGAAGAUUUUUCCGCUGCUUACAUCAACAUGAUCCGUGAUCCGAUCGACCGUUUUGAAAGUUUCUACUAUUUCUCCAGAUUCGGCAAUGAAAAGGGCGGUGGUGGGAACGCGCGGCUCUCCGAUGAACAACUUGUUCCUUACUUUUGUGGCAUGGACGCUGAAUGCAACAAUCGACAUAUUCGCGCCGUUCAGAUUGCCAAAGAACAUAUUGAAGAAAACUAUCUCUUCGUUGGAACUCUUGAAGAAAUGGACCUUUCUCUCGGGAUUCUGGAGCAGCUGUUGCCUGGUUUCUUCAGCGGUGCCCGAGAACUCACCGUUUCGGACGAAUCCCAAAACAUGAAAACACAAACGAAAACUUUGAACAAGAAAAAGACAUCGCCAGAGACGCGAGAAUGGCUCAAAGAAAACACUUCGCUGAAGCUUGAAUACGAACUCUACGACUUUGUCGUGGAGCGCCUCCACCGUGCUGCCAAAAAACUAAAAGUUUCCUAA